AUGAAACCGGAUGUCAUAUUCUUGUGGUUGUGUCUCAGCUGGGUACAUCAACCAUGUGGAGCACAAGUGCCACAAACCUUUCUAAUGGAAAAUGUGACUGGCUUGAUACCUGUUUGUAACCGAGAGAACGCACCUAACAAUCAAAUAUACUGUAAUGGUCCCAUCUUGGAAGCUGUUAUGGCAUUUCACUUGUACCAUGACUCCAAAACCUUUGUAGACAAGCCACUAAAGUACCCUCCUCAAGUCGUACUAAACAAGUACAAAGAACUCUUUCCUACUCAAGAUGACGUCACCAAGAGCGAGCUUCAGAAGUUUGUUGACGACAAUUUUUAUGAGGCUGGUACCGAAAUGAAAAGGUAGGCUAAAAGGUAGCGAUACAUCAUAGAAAGAUAGAGUAUUAAAAGUAAUACCAAGUUAGUAAUAUCGGAUAUGUAAUUUACUUUAACCUUAACAAUUAUGAAUUUAGCUGCCAAUUAGACGACUGGAACGAGAAACCGCUAAAACUAAUGUCAAUAUCGGAUACAAACCUUAGAUCGUGGGCAAUUGAGUUAAACCUAAUUUGGAAAAGCUUGUGUCGAGAAGUUGAUCCUGUAGUGAGAAAUGAAAGUGAACGAUUCUCUUUACUUUAUGUACCAAACCGCUUCAUAGUACCAGGAGGAAGGUUCAGAGAGUUCUACUACUGGGACUCUUAUUGGACAAUCAAAGGCCUGCUAGCUUCAGGUGAGAUAUUUUUAUGACUUUGUAACAUUUUCGUCUUCGAAAAACAACCAUAUUUACAGUAACUCAAAUACUGCCUACGAACUAUAGCAAAAAAUAUCUGUCAUGUCUUUAGGAAUGUACGACACAGUCAAAAGCAUGCUGUUGAACUUCAUCUACAUCGUAGAAAAGUAUGGUUUCAUCCCGAACGGUGGUAGAGUAUAUUAUCUAUCUCGAUCCCAACCUCCUUUACUUACUGGAAUGGUCUACGAAUACUACGAGGCCACCCAUGACAUCAACUUUCUCAUAGAGAACGUGGGCACAUUAGAAAAGGUUAGUUUGGUUGUACCUCGUUGUCUAUAAAUUUUGUUGUCUAUAAUCUUCAUUUUUACUUUUUUUAGUCCAACAGCUUCUAGAACUCACUUUUCUAUAAAAUGUCAUAAUAUUAGGUAUCCUAACUAUAAACUUCCAUUUUUUAACAAACUUAUUUUUAUUAUACCAACCGAAACAAAACUAAUUAUUCUGAGAUAUAUACUCUAACAUUGUCUAUGCUUUCUCUACAACGUUCCUUCAAAACGUGAAUGCCAGAACUGUGGAACUACCUCAGCUGUGUCUUAAAGAAAUCUUACCCUAUAACAUGACUUCAGCGCCAUUUUUGAAAUUGAUUCCAGCAAUGCAACCUUUCAGCCUUCUGAAUACAUGAUAAUAAGAAGGAGCAAUGUCGGGACUGUAGGGCGGUAUAGACAUUAUAGUCCAGCUCAAUUCACCAAGAACUUAUGACGUCAUCUUCGCACUGUGAGUUCGAGCGGCAUCUUGUCAAAGUUUCACAGUGGAAAUAUCAAUACCCAGAAAGUAGAGAGCAUGGUUGAUUCGUUUCAAUUGUUCAUUGUAGACAUCUGCCGUAAUUAUUUAUCCAGGUUUCAGAAACCCAUAGUACACUAUUCCCGUGGUAGACCACCAUACGCAACGGAAGGUUUUGUUUACCAUUAUGGUCAGGUUUCGGAGUAGAUACAGCUUUUGAACCAAUAUCAAUCUAUUGUCUUUUGACCUUCUUUAUAUCGUACAGUAUCCAGCUUUCAUCCGAAGUAAUAAUUAGUUGAAAAAAACCUCGGGUUUUGGACAAGCGAAACAAAAUAUCACAAGUAUUGACCCUUAGCGCCAUGUUGGAAUCACUGAGUUCGUGGAGCACCCGCCUGCCACUUUUGUUGAGCUUUCCUAGUUUGUGAAGAUGAUUGGCGAUGGUUUGCGAGGUACGGGGAAGAAUAUGCGACAACUCCACUGUUGCUAAAUUAGUAUUUAACUCAAUCAGUUGAUGGCAUCUGCCACUUCAUGACCUCGUUUGUGUUGUUUGUCCACAAGGUCAAGGUUCACAGUAUGAAACUUUGAAAACCACGUCUGCACACGUCUAACACUUAUAACGUCUUCUCCAAAAACUUCUGCAAACGUACGGUGGCAUCCAAUAGCACUUUUACCUUGUUUAAAUACAUAGUCGCAUGCGAUAUCGCACCUCCAAACUGAGCUUAGCCAACUUUUACCCAGAUUUUUCUAAGUAGACAAAGACAAACAGACAAGUAUUAUAUAUCGUUCGAUUUGCAUUGAAACAAGCUACAAAACAAAACAAAUCCUGUCAAAUAAUAUUAAUUUUCACAAAAGUUAUAACUUGUAAAAGUCAGCGGAAGUUUAUAGGAUACCUAAUAGAACCCAAAGACUAUCACAUUUACUUUGUGAUAACACAUAUAACAACCUAACUUCAGGAGCUCCAUUUCUGGGAUACCCAUCGCAAAAUAGACGUCAAUAUCGACAACCAAACCUACAGUAUGUACCAGUACAGAGCUGACAGUAAUGGACCGAGGCCAGAGUCAUUCAAGGAAGACGUCGAACUCACCAAGCAAUUCACCAAAGAUGAAAGAAAACAAAAAACAUGGCAAGACCUGGCCAGUGCCGCCGAAUCCGGCUGGGACUUCAGUAGCCGUUGGUUCAGAAACUCAGUAGACAUGAAGACGAUCGAGACCACCAACAUUGUUCCAGUAGAUUUGAAUUCCUUUCUGUGCUGGAAUAUGAACAUCCUCAGCUACUUUUUCGACGAGAUCAACGAGAACGACAAGGCCGAAGAGUUCAGGAACAGGCUCGGCAAGUUCAGAGCUCACUUUCAAAAGGUGUUCUACCUGAAGAACGAGAGUGGAUGGUUCGAUUACAACAUGAGAACACAGAAGCAUAACAUAAAGUUUUAUCCGAGCAUGGCUACACCCUUGUUUACUCGAUGCUACCAUUCACUGAAUCAUCGACAAGCCGAGAAGAUAUUCGACAAGAUGGAAGAGAAAGGAGCGUUCAAAUUCAUUGGAGGUAUUCCGACAAGGUAAGCGUACAAUAUUUUUAUCGUACUAAUGUAAUUUACAGUACACUAACUAAUGUUAUCUUAUACAUAAUAUAUGUAUAUCACUUAGCACAAAAAUAUGUGAAAUCGACUAUAACUAUGUUUAAAAGUUUUUCAGUUUGCAAGAAGAUACUAACCAACAAUGGGACUUCCCAAAUGGCUGGAGUCCAUUGAAUCAUAUUAUAAUAGAAGGUCUACGACAAUCAGAAAGUCCUAGGUAAGACAUUUUUUUCAAUCUAUCAAAGUAUAUAUAACCCCGUAGACGAAAACCCCGGUCCAGCUUGAUUUAAUUGAUGAAACUAGCCCAACUUGAUCCACAAUGAUGAAAUUGGUCCGGCUUGACGAAAUAUUUAGCCAGUCCCGACUAUAUGACCCUAGUUCAUAAGUAUACAACAAGUCAUUUCAGAAUGCAAUACAAAGCCUUCCUACUAGCCCAAAAAUGGGUUCUGAGCAACUACCGUGUAUUCAAAAAGACAGGAGUUAUGUGGGAAAAGUACGACGUGAUUGGAUCGAACCCAAAUGUUGGGUCGGGAGGAGAAUACGCCGUACAAGUAAGUUUUACCAUAUGAAUAAGGCCAACCCCACACACACAAAUUCCACAAACUAAAUUUUACAAAAUUGUUACCUAAUUUAUAAUAAACACCCCAACUAUAAUUUCACACCAAACUUUACUUUUUUUCAGGCCGGCUUCGGAUGGACAAAUGGAGUUGUUCUAGACCUCUUAAUGACAUAUUCCGAACAGUUUAACUUCCCCUUAUUAGCAGAGGAAACCGAGGGAAAGCGAUCAGUAGAAUCUCACAGUCAUAACCAUGCAUUGAUACGAACACCAAAAGCUUUACAUCUUAACCGAGAAGAGGAAACCAGUUCGGCCAGGAAAUGGGCAAUAUCUACUUUAUCUAUUAGUAUUCUAUUGUUCUUCUUCUUCUAG